UUGGUUGUAGGGGAAAGCCUGGAACUGACAAGGAGAGCAAAAAUGGCGGACGAGAAGGCAAACGGAGAAUUGGCGGAGGAGGAGGUAAAAGCUGAAGAGUUCAAAUUAGAGGCAAAUAAAUAUUUCAAAGAGGGGAAGUAUGAUGAGGCUCUUGAUCUUUACUCCAAAGCUAUAGAGUUGAAUCCUAAAGUACCAGCUUAUUAUGGAAAUAGAAGCUUCUGCUAUAUUAAGACAGAAUACUAUGGCUGUGCUCUUGAUGAUGCUAAUAAAGCGAUUGAACUGGACAAAAAGUACAUAAAGGCAUAUUACAGAAGAGCAUCUGCAUAUAUGGCCCUCGGAAAAUUCAAACUAAGCCUCAAGGAUUAUGAAAUGGUGAAGAAAUUUAGACCAAAAGAUAAAGAUGCCAAUCUGAAGUUCACAGAAUGCAAGAAGAUUGUACAAAGACAAGCUUUUGAGAAAGCUAUUGCAGUGGAUGACAGCAAAUCUGUGGCUGAUUCUUUAGAUUUAGAUUCAAUGGUGGUUGAAGAUGACUACGAUGGUCCAAGAUUGAGUCCUGAGGGAAUCACUAAGGAAUUUGUAGAGGAUCUAAUUGAAAGAUUUAAAGAUCAGAAGAAAAUACACAAGAAAUAUGCAUACAAGAUUUUAGUAGAGGUUAAAAAGAUAUUUGAGAAACAGCCAUCAAUGGUUGAAAUUUCUAUCCCAGAGAAUGGAAGAUUCACAGUGUGUGGUGACAUACAUGGGCAGUUUUAUGAUCUUUUAAAUGUCUUCAAUCUAAAUGGAUACCCUUCUACUGAAAACCCUUAUCUAUUUAAUGGAGACUUUGUUGACAGGGGAUCAUUUUCAUGCGAAGUCAUUUUUACACUUUUCAGUUUCAAACUUUUGUAUCCUGAUCACUUUUUUAUGUCACGAGGUAACCAUGAAAGUGUUUACAUGAAUCAAAUGUAUGGAUUCGAAGGAGAAGUGAAGUCAAAAUAUACUGCCGAUAUGUCUGACCUCUUUACAGAAGUGUACAACUGGUUGCCUCUUUGUCACCUUAUAAACCAGAAAGUGCUGGUUAUGCAUGGCGGAUUGUUUAAAAGGGAUGAUGUUAAGCUUGAUGAACUGAAAACUAUCGACAGAAAUAGACAGCCUGGAGAAGAGGGCCUGAUGUGUGAAUUGUUAUGGUCAGAUCCGCAGCCAGAGCCUGGUCGAUCACCAAGUAAGCGUGGAGUUGGUGUACAGUUUGGCCCGGAUGUAACGGAACAAUUCUGCAAAAAUAACAAUCUUGAAUACAUCAUCAGAAGUCACGAGGUUAAGCCGCAAGGCUACGAGAUCGCACACGAUGGAAAAUGCAUCACCGUCUUCUCUGCUCCAAAUUAUUGUGAUGAAAUGGGAAACAAAGGAGCGUUUAUCACAAUGGGAACAGACACGAAACCUAACUACACAACAUACGAUGCUGUGCCUCACCCAGACGUGAAACCCAUGGCUUAUGCGAACUCAUUGAUGUCUAUGUUUGGAUUCAUGUAACUGGUAUGAGAGUUCCACCCUAUAACUUAACUGCAGACACCUCCCGCCUGGUUGACUUCGUGACACGUGACAUGGCAUAUCUACUUCAAUCAGUCAAGCAAACACAAGCGCCCUCAUUUAAAUCAUUUAUACGGUUUGUGGAAUCGUUUGCCACGUGAAGAACCUUCCAUGUUCAUUAUAGAUCCACAAGGUGCGAACUGGCUUCCUUCAUCAUUGAACAUCCUGUGACUGUUACAUAAGUGGUCAACCCGAUUGACCCUAUAGAACGAUAUUUUGUCGAAAUUCCUCCUCCAGGCUUGGUCAGUCACCAAAUUAACGCGAACAAUUAUCAAACUCAUUGACUGAUUUUAUUGAUGAGACAUUCUCUUCCGAAUAAAAGUUUCAGAACAUGUUUUGUUUCCUCGUCAUGUUGAGGGAAAAUUUCUAUUGAGUGUCAAAAAAAAUUAGGAAUUGUAUUGUUUUGGCGUUCCUUCGCUAUGUGCUCGGUCCAGAAAACUCACGCUACUCUCAACCAAUCAAAUGUAAAACUAACAGCCAAAUGAAUCUUGGCCACUCGCGUUUUCCCGCGCUUUUUACCCAUAUUUGCAUUGAAUUCUGAUUGGCUUCUUGUGGUAUUCACCUUUCAGUUGAUUGGCUGUUAUGAUUACGUAUACUUUUAUUUAGAUUUACGACACACACUCAAUCGAAAUGCCAUCUCCGCAGUUUUUUCUUAAAACAGAAAAAAAAAACCAGCUUUUGAAACUAGCAUUUUCCACGAAAUUAUCAAUUUAAGACCACAUCUGUUCAAGAUGCGCGAAUUUGAAGACAUGCCUGAUUACUAACACCAAGAAUUGUAAACAAUAAACGUAAAUUUCGCAUCACGUAUGUACAUCAUAAUGGCGGAAAAUGAAACAGAGAAAGCGUCUGGUUUAGCUGAAGGUGACAUAACCUCUGGAUAGGAUAUCCACUAUUUAUUCUUUGGGGAAUUUAAGAUUUUGGGGAAGUGAAUUUUAUUAAAGAAUUUCUAUUUGAAAAACUCUGUCUGACUAUGGAAAUAAAUCCAGAAAAAAUAA